CUAUGGUUUUUUGGAAGAUGAACAAAUUCUUUGUAUCAAAUGCGUAAAUCUUCAAACGAAAUCUACAUCCAGUGGACGAAAAUCUUUCAUUGCUGUUGGUACAGGAUUUUUCCGAGGCGAGGAUGUAGGCAUGCGAGGAAAUGUAUAUAUAUUUGAAAUAAUUGAAGUUGUUCCCGAACCUGAUAAUCCGCAAACAAAUCAUAAGUAUAAAUUACUGUGUCAUGAAGAGGUGAAAGGUUCUGUAACUGCAAUUUGCGAUGUUAAGGGAUACUUAUUAACUUGUGUUGGACCAAAGAUAUUUAUACGAGCUUUCGAAGAUAACGAUAGACUAAUUAGCGUGGCAUUCAUAGACAUUCAAAUUUAUGGCAAUAGCGUUGUUUCAGUUAAGGACUAUAUAUUGUUGGGAGAUGUAUACAAGAGUGUUUGGUUUCUUGGAUUCCAGGAAGAACCAGCAAAAUUAAUAUUGGUUGGUAAAGACUAUCAUUCAUUGGAGGUUAGUUGUUUAAAUUAUUUAAUCGAUGAGCCAAUGUUAUACAUCACUGUAGCAGAUAUGGAUAAAAACAUCCAUUUAUUUCAAUACGCACCAUAUAAUGUUCAGUCUUUUGCGGGACAAAAACUUAUCCGUCGUGGUGAUUUUCAUAUUGGUGCACAAGUGAAAGUGACGUUAAGCAUGCCAAAAAAAGAAUUAGUAAGAAAUGAACCUAAUGAACAAGGAGGUUCGGGAUAUUUGGAAGAAGAUAUUAGUGGAAAUAAAUUACUUUGUUUUAUAAGCAUUAUCACUCCGAUACCUGAGAGAAUGUAUAAACGAUUACAACUUUUACAUUCUAAGAUGGUGACUGGAUUACAACAUAUCGCGGGUUUAAAUCCCAAAGCUUUCAGACUCCUUAAUUCGAAACAGAAAUUGGCUAUUAAUCCGGCCAAAGGUAUUUUAGACGGCGAUCUCUUGUUUCAAUUCCAAAACCUUGCUGUGCAUCGUCAAAAAGAAAUGACAAAACAUAUAGGAACAACGGUGGAAAGGAUUAUAGAUGAUUUAUUAGUAGUGCAAGAAUCUUGUGAUUAUUUCUAG